AAGAGAGUGGUACUAUUAUAAUCCUGAAUUACAAUAACUAUUUGAAUCACACCGAGCCUCUAUAUAGGGCCCGAUGGACUUGUUCCUGAACUCCUCGAACCCGUCCAAAAAAAACCCACCCACUCUUCCACCACUUCCCCUCGAUCCCCAACCUCCCCCAAUCUCGCUGGUACAGCCCCUUGCGUCUCUCCCCGCUUCCCUACCUUCCGGCACCACCGUCCCCCGCUUCCCGCCUACCUCACGGCUGGCAGGCCUCCUCCCCCACGGCCGGCGGGCCACCUCCCCCAACGGCCGGCGCGCCUCCCCCUCCCCCUGGCCAGCGCGCUCCUAUCCCGCGGUCGGGUCCAGGCCUGCUCCCACGGCCAACGCUGCCAACUGCCCCGGCGCGCCGCCGGCGCCAUCUCCCCCAGGGUGUCGCUGCCGCCAUUCCUCGCCGCCAAGAUCCAACCUCGCCGGCCACCGACGCACCCGCGGAUCGGCGGCCACCCUCUCGAGCAGGAUCACACGCGGAUCGGCGGCCACCGUCUCGAGUAGGGUCACACGCGGGCCACCCCCGAGCCAUCCCCUGCCCGUCGACGGGUCACCGUCCCUGGAUCCACGCCCCUCCUCCACCUCCUCUUCUCGGUGGGGCUCUGUAACCGAAGCGCCCAAGCAGUUCACCGUCGCCACAUUGGGCCGUUCAACGACACACCACCUGACCGCCAGGACUGUCGCCACUGCAGUGCCAAGAUCCACACUUCCACCAUGCUCUGGUGAAGUCCUGGCUCCAAUUUUUGGAGGGUUCAAAUUGUCUUUUGAUUCAGUUUCUUCUUUGUUUUGCCUGCUGAAUGGAUCAAGAACAUCACUUGAUGUUGGCACGAUCCGGGCUCUCUCGGCAACUGGGGUUGCUCUCUUUCCUCAACCAUAUGGCUAGCAAAAAGACUGUAACUCCAACCACCAGGGUCAUUCCCAAUUCCUAUGAAGUUCAGACUUGAAAAAACAUGGAGUUCAACCUGACCGUGUUAGUUGAAUCACUCGUGGAUCAACGUCAAGAAGGAGCAUCGCUGCUGCCCAACAUAGCCACGACAAGGGGACACAAAAACAGUGCAUUUUUUUAAUUAACACUACCUCACCUCUAAUAGAGCUUGUUGCUCCCUUCAUGUAUCCGUGUGCUUAGCUUGUUAUAAUCCCCCAUAGAAAAACAUAAGUGGACCUUCUUUCUUACUCUCCAGAUGUUGUUGUGUGCAGCCAGAAAAGUAACUAAACGCUUGUUUUGUUGUGUGUUC